UGUCUUCCGCAUUUUUGGUGCUCGAGGCGGUAACGCUUGAAGUUACUGUUUAUAAGAGGCUUUAGUUUUAGUACCUUGACAUAUGUUUUUAAACGUAACAUUUGAACUCAGUCGAAGGUUUUAAAAAUCAUGCUCAGUAUAUCUCAGCUUUUGUUAAUUCCAGCCCUUUUACUUUUCCGCUUUUUAAUUAGCUAUUCUUUAUCAGGUUUUUCUGUGAAAGGUGUAAGUUGGUCUCAAGAAGCAUCAAAAUGGCAUCACACAUUAUCAAGAUUACAAGAUAGACCUUUACGUACAGUUGUGGCAACUAGCAAUUAUGAUGAUUUUAAUAGGACCUUAGAUAAUAUUUUAAUUAGUAGGGUUCCCGGAACAGAUGGACAUGAAGCAGUUCGAAAGUAUAUAAAUUCAGAAAUGAAAAAUUUAGGAUGGACUGUGGAAGAAGAUUCUUUUACUGAUCGUACACCUCAUGGAAAGAAACCAUUUUCCAAUAUUGUAGCCACUCUGAAUCCUUAUGCUUGUCGUCGCCUCACUAUAGCAUGCCAUUAUGAUUCAUUGUAUAACCGAGAGUAUACAUUUUUAGGUGCUACUGAUUCUGCUGUACCUUGUGCUAUGAUGAUUCAUGCAGCAAAAAUGCUUGAUUCAGCAUUAAAAGAACAAAAAGAAAAGAACAAUCAAUUGACACUGCAGUUCAUAUUUUUUGAUGGAGAAGAAGCCUUUCAACGGUGGAGUCAUACAGAUUCUUUGUAUGGUUCCAGACAUUUGGCAGCAAAGUGGAACAGAAUGACACCUUUUCCCCAUGGCCUGAAUGAUGGUCGUCAUUGUACUUCAAAAGAUUAUGCAUCAUAUUUAGAUAGGAUGGAUGUCAUGGUGCUAUUAGACUUGAUUGGAACAGCUAAUCCAAAAUUUUAUAGCUAUUUUCCUGAUACAUAUGGUUUAUAUUCUCAACUUGUUGAUAUUGAACAUAGACUGAACAGUCUUGGUCUAGUUGAAGCUGAGCCGCCAGAGAGUAGAACUCAGUAUUUUGACAGUAGAUCUACAUUAGCAUUUGUGGAGGAUGAUCAUAUACCAUUUAUGAGAAAAGGUGUUCCCAUUGUGCAUCUUAUACCUAGCCCAUUUCCACAUGUUUGGCAUCGAGAAAGUGAUAACCGAGCAAGCUUGCACCAUUCUACAAUAGACAAUCUAAACAAAAUUCUCCGUGUUUUUAUAGCUGAAUAUUUACAUCUUGAUUUCUCUAAAAAUCCUUCCAUCAUGUAAUGUAGGAUUGUGUGUAUCUAAACUUUCAGUUAAUCCGGUGUAAAUUUUCUCUGUUUCCUCUUUAUAUGCAAUUAAUUUUUUAUUGAUAAAAGUUAAUGAAUGCAUCUGUUUUAAAGUUUAUUAACCUGAUUGAUAUUCAUUUUAAUAAAAUUUAAAUUAGGAAUAGUUGUAACUAUCUCAGGUAUUUUAUUACUUACUGUCCAGUAUUACAUGAUACUGACUAGUUGAAAAGAUUACACAGUUUAAAUAUUGUAUUUUUUAUUAUUUUUAAGGCAUGAUGUAUAUCAGCCUUUAAGGAGUUCAAAUGGUAAAUUUUAUACACAAGAAAUAUUGUAAUCAAUUGUUUAUAAAAGUUUUGAAAGUUCUAAAUAUAGUGAAGAAAAUAAAACUUACUGUUCCUUUAAAUUUCAAAUAUUGCUGUGAUAUGCAGAAAUCAACUUAUGUUUCAAACUAUGAAGAUUCUAUUUCUUUAAAGCAGAACAAUUUUCUAAUAUUUAAAAAAUAUGUGGCUUAGAAAUUUUCUGCAGUUCAAAUAAACGGAAAUAUCAGUACUUAUGUAUUAUCCCGUUGACCAUGAAAUUGUCACAAAGCAGUGCGAUUUAGCACUAGUUUUAGAUAAGCAUAAUAUAACAACACUCUCAUAACAUCUGUGCUUUCAUUUGAUAUAACUUUAAUUGAUUCUUAAUAAACAACAUUUUGGUUUUAUGGAUACCAGAAUGUAAAUUGUUAUUGCUGCAUUUUGAAAGAAAAAAAAAAUAAUUAUUAAAAUUUGGCACUAGUGUGCUAUAGAACAGUAAGUAGUGGAUUAUUUUAUUAUGUUUAUAGCCUGCUAUAGAACAGUAAGUUAGUGGAUUCUCCAUCAAAAAACACUCUAUAGUCAGUUGACUAGGUGACAAAGCAGUAAUAGAUUGUUGAAAAUAGCAAAAACUAAUAAAAGCAUGUUGACAAAGUGCGAAAAUGAAACAGGUCGAAUAUGGAUUGUUAAUUAAAUAAAGAGGCAUCAGUUCCUUCAAAAUUCCCCAGAAAUGAUUGGCACAACUCUUGUCAAUUUUUAUGGUUUAAUAAUAAAAAAGGGGGAUAUGGUCGACGGGAUACUACAUAAGCAACAAAACAUCUUAUUUUCUUUAUCUGUCAUUUUUGUUGAAUCGGCAGUAGUUUACAUGUUCUUCAUUAUGUAAUUUAAAUAUAUAAAUAUUAAAAUACGUAUGCAUAAAUUUCAAUUUAUAUUUUAUAUUUCUGCCCAAUUUUCUUUAUUUUUUGCAUUCAUAUUAGGCUGAAUUGAAUCAAAUAUGUAUAAACUGAUUUCCACUGUGUUUGAACUAAUGCACAAUUGUAUGUUUGUUAAUUGAAAUUAUUUUUUUGAAAGGUGCUUACUAAAAAUCAUUUUAAUUGUAGAAUGGAUUUUUGUUCAUAAAUGAUUUAUAUUUGAUAUUAAACUAGGCUUAUUUAACUUGUAUCAAUUUAAGAAAGCAAAUAUUUCUGAUAAGAAAAGAAACUGACCAUUUAGAACUGUUUUCUCGUGGUGUGUAAAACUUUACUGCAAAUUUGAGAUUUUUAUAAAUGCUACAUCUGAAUAUGAGUAUUCAUAAAAAUAAUUUUUUAAGAGUAUUUUUUAUUGUGGUAAUUUUUUUUUUAAGUAGCGCGCUUCAACAAAAAUAUUACAUACAUUUUUAUUUAAUAGUUAAAAAUGCUUGUGUGAUACAUAUAUGAUUAUCUUUUUACUUCCUUUUAAUAAAAUGAGCAAAUGUUUUCAAAUCUGUAUAAUUACUGUGGAGUUGUAUAAUACCGUAUAAUUAUUGUACUCAGCUUAAAUGUUUUUAUUUGUGACAGAUGAUCAUUAGAUGUAUGUUUUUAUUAGUUUUUCUAAGUAGUCAUUUCAAAUUCUUCAUUUGUCUAGAAUACAGUAAAACAAUUGCAGUAAUUUCAUUGAAUAAAGCUUUAUGUAUCUGUAUACUUUUUAUUAACUAAGGUCAACAAAUAUUUUAGAAUUCACUGACUUUUAUACUAGAGCAUGAAUUCUCCUCAAGAAUAUUUACUUUUUAAAGAAACGAAUAUUGCCUCAAUUUCCUGCUGGAAGGUAAGGUUAAUGUUUUAAAAAGUGCAAUUUUAUUCCUUUUAUUAUUAUUAUUAAAAUAUGUGUUGUUACUUCCAGUUAGAGGUUUUGAAAUUUUAAAAAUACAGUAGGAAGUGUACAAAAAUAGGAAUUUCAAAAUUUGUUGCUUAUAUAAAAUAAUGUGCCAUCUGUUUAAAAUAUGUAUCUUAAUUACAUUAUUGAGAUAUAAUAUUCUAUGUUUUUUAUUCCAUAAUUUAAAAUGUUUUAUUGUUUUUUAAAAUACAAGGAAUUGGUGCUAUAUAUAACUUCAUUUCACUUGAAUGUCUUAUUUCAGUAGCUAAAAGUUAUCAAUGCAUUCAUAUCUUCUUGUAUGAUUUGAUUAUUUUGCUUUGAUGAUAUUUGACUAACAUGUGUUAGUAUCUGGUUGUAACAAAAGUUUUCUGCCAAAAAACGUUCUUAGUAAAAUUAGGGGGGGGGGAGAGAUGAAAGCAGACUUUUAGUGUGGAUAGUAAUCACCACCCAAAUCUAUGACAUUCUGCCAAUGUUUUGGUAGUUUUUCAAAGCUUUUGGCCCAGAAACUUGGUGGCCGUGAGUCCAAAAACAGAUCAUUCUUAUUUUGGGUGUCUUAUGCAGAAUGGAAGAUAUAGUUGCAGAUGUGAAAAAAGGUAGAAGUCUGAAGGAGUGCUGUCUGGGCUAUAUGGUGGGUGUGGCAAAAGAUCCCAUUCAAAUCCAUACUCAAAUCCAUACAGAGUCCAGCUGGUGAAUUCAGGCUUGCAUUAUCUUAAUGGAACAUGCAGGCUUGCAUUAUCUUAAUGGAACAUUACCUUUUUGCGCCGAAACUGAGUUCGAUGUUUUUGCUUGAUAGCAGCAUCAACACGGACUAGCAUCUCUCUGUACACCUUACUGUCGAGGGUUUUACCUUUAUCCAGAUACUCUUUGUGGAUAAAACCAUGGCAACCCCACCAGGUAAAAAGCAUAUCUUUUCAUUAAUCAACUUGCACUUUGUUGCCGAUGAGUUCACGGGAAGCAAACCACCCCCUUUCAGCCUGUGUUGUUAAAGUAAAUCCAAUUUUCAUCACAAGUGAUUCAAGAAGUUUCAUCUUCUUGAACGUCAUAGUCCUUAUUUUUGAACUUUCGGUACCAAACUUUUAGUGUCACAUGAUACAACUUUUGUACCUAAAGCUGUAUACAUGAUUUGGUGACAUUCUGUAGAUGACUUUUUGCAAUGGAACUGGAAGUAAAGGAUGAUUUUAAAACUUGUAGCGUGAUAGUUUCAUUUCAGACACCUUGUACAUGAUGAUGAUAUUUUUUUACAAAUUUCACAACACAGUGUUCCAAAGCAAGUCUCUUUCUUUCAAAUGCUAAAAAUCGUUUAUCAAAAUAUAAUUAAAGAGGCCAAUGCGAACUGUUUGCACAGACAGUAUUUCUGGUGGCAGGAAACUUUUGUUAAACCCCGAUAUCAUUGUCUGAACUUAUUAUAUUCUAAUAUUAAUAUAUUUUUAUAUGUUAUCUUUCAGCAAUAGAAAUAUCAUAAUCUUUAAUAAAAAAUUAUGCAGAGAAAUUCUAAGACUAGAAAAAUUAAUAUAAUUAAUUGCUUUGCAUAUGAGUGACUAGUUCAGUGUCACUUGUAUAGGGUUGUGGGGAGGAGCAAAAAUCGAAUUUCAGAAAUAAUAAUUAUUACAAUAAAGAGCUGUGUUACUAGAGGUAUGCAUAGAUAACUCAGUCAAUAUUUACUUGCACUUAUUUCUUUUCACGUUUCCAUAAAUCAUUUUACAAUGAAGUAUACUGGCUUUUAUUUCUGUUAAUCCUUUUUAUAUGUAUUUUCUAAGAACAGGAAAAAAGUACACUAUUAUGAAAUUAAAUAUAAGGUAACUAUGACUGUGUUUCUGUUAGUUUCCUCAAAGACAAACCUACCUAGCCAAAUAACUAUCUAUUGCUGUGCUAUAAUUUAAUAAUCAUCCAACUAUAAAACAUUUUGCAAUAGAAUUCUCUUUUAAGUUUUAUGAGAAGUGUACUGGAAGAUAAGGUUAGAACGUAUGUUGAAUUGGAACAAAAACUGAAGACUGUUCUGCUUUCUUCACGUAAAGAAUGCACCAAGUAUGGGCUUUCACUUUUUUAUUUGUAAUAGGUUGUAUUGUGCUCCUUUUUUUAGUUUUUGUUUUCAUAAUGUAGUUUAUUGAAUGUUAUGAAAAUCAGUUUGAAAAUUUUGUUGUCUCUGCUAUUAACUUUCAGAACAUAACUUUUUUAAUGACGGUGGUUUAUUUAGUGAGACAUAUUUUAUACUUUAAGGUAUUUUCUCUUCAUUUUAACUAUUUUUUAUAGCUGUGAUGUUUAAGCAUUAAUGGUAGUUACAUUCCAGUGACUUUAUUGCAUAUCAUGAAAUGUACUAUGUUUAUAAAUAAAAAAAAUAUUUUAAAUUUUUGAAUUAUA